UUCCCCAAACAACACUAGGACUGGACUAGGCUAGGGCCCCCUCUCGCCGCCGGCUGCCCUCGCCCUCUCGCCAUGGACAGCGACGGCGACCCCCACCCUCACACUCCUAACCCUGCCGAGGAGAAAGCGAGGAAGAAGUCGAUCAAGAGAGCGAGGAAGAGAGAGCUCCAGAAGCUGAAGCUCCAGCAGGGACCCAGCGAGCUACACAAGGAGGAUCCCCAAGUUGGCCAAAUCUCCCCUCCCGGUGCCCUCCUUCAAACUCUUGCUCUCCGUCUGGCGGCCUUUCUCAAGAUAAAGCAGGGCCCCAGUGAGCUGCACAAGGAGGGCCGCCCUGAAACUUCUGGUCCUGGCAUCGGGGAGCAAGCGGGGUCACCCGCACCCGAAGGAGCUCGUGUUCGCCAGAGUGUUCUCUACUCAGGUCGCCCCAGGCGAUCUACAACAGAUAAGAAACCGGUUGAGGAUAAUGCUGGCAAGGUGAGUGGCAGUGAGGGUCCUACAGUUACAGAUCUACCUGAAUUCAAGGUGCUAGCACUCAAUGAGGGACAUCCUAAACCUGAAUUGACUGAUAGCUCCAAGGAAGGUGACACUGCCAACAGCGAGACUGAGUCAGAAGUUGUUGUGGAGGAGGAGCCCAAAGAUGAAUCAGAUUGUGAUUCGGAGGAGGAGUGGUGUAAAUUCAGAGAGUACAAAAAGAGAAUGUUGGAUAAGGAUUUUUCUCCUCAGAGUGCCACUCAAGCUGCUGCUUCUGAUAAGAACUCAGCUGUUGAGAAUGUCACUGAAUAUUCUGGAGUUGCCGAGUGGGCUGACCGAUCAUACUUAACAUGGCAGAAGUCUUUGCUAGUUUGUUCAGAGGCUCAGCAUACUAUGGUGGCACCUUCAAGUGAUGAACCACCGUCUGAAGUAUCUGAUGAAGAUAUUAUUCAAAAUGGAGAAAAAUGGAUGAGUGACGAGGUGAUGGUGGCUUUCAAUGAAUACAUUGAAAGAACUGAUAAACUCAGGGAACUUGAGUACUGUUUCGAGAAACUUUGCCAUCAAUGUUUUAACGUAGAAUGUUAUUUCAAGAUUUUCCACCACUUCAAUUUCACUGUGAAGACGAAGCACCCUAGUUCAGAUGAUUGGAAAUCGAUAACAUACUUUGCUGAGUUGAAGGAGAUAUUUGGGGAAAAGUAUUAUUUCUGUUGCCCAUUGGAAUCAAGUGAAAAUGGUCGAUGUUAUGCUUGCAGGAAUCAAGGGGUGUAUGAUCUGAUGCAUCCAGCUACAGGUGGAUUUGAGAGGGGUUUACCGGGUACUGUAUUCCCUUAUAUGUAGGUGGUUAUUGUAUUCUGUUAGAAGGUUGAAGGCGCAAUUGCUGCUGAAGCUGAAGAGGAAUUCUGAAGACUCUUCAAUUUCCUGCCAGAAGUGUAGGAGGUAGAUGGAUAUCUUGAGAAUGUGUUGGGAAGCAAAUUGCUAGCCAGGAGAACACAAGCCAUUUUUUGUGUAACCAGCUGAUCUCGUAGAGAUAAUUGUAGUAUCGUGCACUGGUUAUUUGAUUCGCCAUGCUGGUGAGCCAGACAGAAGAACUGUAGUAAUAGCAGGUUACUAGGUUAGGUUAGCCAGGCUGAGUAUAAACGUAAGUAUCCUCAAAGCAUGUUGGAUGCCGGCAACUUUAAGCUGCUGCCGAGAUGGAAUUGAAGGGAUGGUAACUGUUUUGAUUGAGAGGUCAAAAACAUAAUUACCUAUAU